GAGCGUGUUCACGGCCCAGCCCCCUUGACGUGACAGCUGGGUGAAGCGGACUUAGACAGCAGUGGUAUCCCUCUCCUAAGUUAAGCAGUGUCAAACUGAACUGAAGUUGGGAACGAUUGGAAAUCCGCGUGAAACAAGUGUCUGUUCAGUUCCAACGAAACCUAUCUUAAAUUAAUAGUUCUAAAUAACCUGUGCUUUCUCAGUGCUGACUGAUCUCUGUGAGAUUGCAAAAACAUUCUCUAUAAAACAUUGUCGCCUACCGUUUACCGCAAAAAUGAUGAUGCACUCGUCUCAGAAGGACACAACCUACACAAAGAUAUUUGUAGGAGGUCUUCCAUAUCACACCACGGACUCCAGUCUCAGGAAAUACUUCGAAGUGUUCGGUGAUAUCGACGAGGCUGUUGUUAUAACGGACAGACAGACGGGCAAAUCCAGGGGUUAUGGAUUCGUGACGAUGGCAGACCGGGCGUCUGCGGACCGAGCCUGCAAGGACCCAAACCCCAUCAUCGACGGCCGGAAAGCCAAUGUGAACCUGGCCUACCUGGGGGCCAAGCCCAGGGUCAUGCAGCCAGGUUUCUCAUUUGGUGUUCCUCAAAUCCAUCCAGCGUUCAUCCAGAGGCCUUAUGGGUAUACAGAGGAAGGGAAUAGUUAUCCUCCAGAGUUGACUGAGGUCAUGAGGAUCCCAGCCCACUAUGUCUACCCCCAGGCCUUUAUGCAGCCAAGCACCAUGGUCAUCCCUCACAGCAUGCAGUCGCCCGCCGCCACGGCCUCCGCCGCCUCCUCCCCGUACCUCGACUACACCGGAGCGGCCUACGCCCAGUACUCAGCCGCAGCCGCCAGCGCCGCGGCCGCCGCUGCCUACGAGCAUUACCCGUACGCAGCCUCCCCGGCCCCCGCAGGCUACAUGGCUGCAGCAGGGUAUGGUUACGCGGUCCAGCAGCCCCUAGCAGCCGCAGCCACCCCGGGAGCAGCCGCAGCAGCUGCAGCCUUCGCCCAGUACCAGCCUCAGCAGCUUCAGGCAGACCGCAUGCAGUAACUGACCACAACUACUACUAUUACUGAGCCUGGAUAACAGAAGAGGGGGAGGCUGUAGAGAGGAGGGAGGAGGCCAUACUCACCCCCAGGACACUACAAGGGGAGAAGUGGGGGGAGAGUGUGAGGAGGGGGGAGGGAUGAAGAGUGGAGUGGAGUGGUGGUCAUCAAGCCUUGGCUUUAGAACAUGCAGCACUGCUACCAAAAAAGCCUGAAGAGAAUCAUCUCAUAACUAAAGAGAGUCGUCUCAUAACUGAAUAGAAUCAUCUCAUAACUGAAGAGAAUCAUCUCAUAACUGAAGAGAAUCGUCUCAUAACUGAAUAGAAUCGUCUCAUAACUGAAUAUAAUCGUCUCAUAACUGAAGAGAAUCAUCUCAUAACUAAAGAGAAUCGUCUCAUAACUGAAUAGAAUCAUCUCAUAACUGAAGAGAAUCGUCUCAUAACUGAAUAGAAUCAUCUCAUAACUGAAUAGAAUCAUCUCAUAACUGAAGAGAAUCAUCUCAUAACUGAAUAGAAUCAUCUCAUAACUGAAUAGAAUCAUCUCAUAACUGAAUAGAAUCAUCCCAUAACUGAAUAGAAUCGUCUCAUAACUGAAGAGAAUCAUCUCAUAACUGAAAGAGAAUCGUCUCAUAACUGAAUAGAAUCAUCUCAUAACUGAAUAGAAUCAUCCCAUAACUGAAUAUAAUCGUCUCAUAACUGAAGAGAAUCAUCUCAUAACUGAAGAGAAUCGUCUCAUAACUGAAUAGAAUCAUCUCAUAACUAAAGAGAGUCGUCUCAUAACUGAAGAGAAUCGUCUCAUAACUGAAUAGAAUCAUCUCAUAACUGAAGAGAGUCGUCUCAUAACUGAAGAGAAUCGUCUCAUAACUGAAGAGAAUCAUCUCAUAACUGAAGAAAAUCGUCUCAUAACUGAAGAGAGUCGUCUCAUAACUGAAGAGAAUAGUUACUUCAUUAUUCAAAUAUCAUCAGUGUUGUCAUCACUAAAUUAUUGUUUUUUGUUGUUGUCAUUAUAUCAGAAAUAUUUAAUAUUUAUUCAUCAGGACAAAUAUCUAGAAUUAUUAUUUAAGAUAUGACCUCAUAACCAACCUUUAAGUUUAAGUUAAUAAUUUUAAGCAUAUUUAAUGUGUAGUAAAUUAAAUGUGUGAUUUUGUACAACUUUCACAAGUGCACUGAAGUCUAAUCAGGUAUUUUUCCCUCAAAUUUCUUAAACAAAUGUCAAACCAAAAACACUUUUGGUCACUUUUCACCUUUUAAUACUUUUAAACCUACAUUUUGAACUAUGCAAUUUGAACUUGUAAAAUAUAUUUAGUGAAAUAUGUCUUCUACAAAUAUAUAUAUAUAUACAGUUGAAGUCAGAAGUUUACAUACACUUAGGUUGGGGUCAUUAAAACUCGUUUUUCAACCACUCCACAAAUUUCUUGUUAACAAACUAUAGUUUUGGCAAGUGGGAUAGGACAUCUGCUUUCUGCAUGACACAAGUAAUUGUUCCAACAAUUGUUUACAGACAGAUUAUUUCACUUAUAAUUCACUGUAUCACAAUUCCAGUGGGUCAGAAGUUUACAUACACUAAGUUGACUGUGCCUUUAAACAGCUAGGAAAAUUCCAGAAAAUGAUGUCAUGGCUUUAGAAGCUUCUGAUAGGCUAAUUGACAUCAUUUGAGUCAAUUGGAGGAGUACCUGUGGAUGUAUUUCAAGGCCUACCUUAAAACUCAGUGCCUAUUUGCUUGACAUCAUGGGAAAAUCAAAAGAAAUCAGCCAAGCCCUCAGAAAAAAUUUGUAGACCUCCACAAGUCUGGUUCAUCCUUGGGAGCAAUUUCCAAACGCCUGAAGGUACCACGUUCAUCUGUACAAACAAUAGUACGCAAGUAUAAACACCAUGGGACCACGUAGCAUCAUACCGCUCAGGAAGGAGACGUGUUCUGUCUCCUAGAGAUGAACGUACUUUGGUGCGAAAAGUGAAAAUCAAUCCCAGAACAACAGGACCUUGUGAAGAUGCUGGAGGAAACAGGUACAAAAGUAUCUUUAUUCACACUAAAACGAGUCCAAUAUCGACAUAACAUGAAAGGCCACUCAGCAAUGAAGAAGCCAAUGCUCCAAAACUGCCAUAAAAAAGCCAGACUACGGUUUGCAACUGCACAUGGGGACAAGAUUGUAGUUUUUGGAGAAAUGCCCUCUGGUCUGAUGAAAAAAAAAUAGAACUGUUUGGCCAUAAUGACCAUCGUUAUGUUUGGAGGAAAAAGGGGGAGGAUUGCAAGCCGAAGAACACCAUCCCAACCGUGGGGGUGCUUUGCUGCAAGAGGGACUGGUGCACUUCACAAAAUAGAUGGCAUCAUGAGGGAGGAAAAUUAUGUAGCUAUAAUUGAAGCAACAUUUCAAGACAUCAGUCAGGAAGUUAAAGCUUGGUCGCAAAUGGGUCUUUCAAAUGGAAAAUGACCCCAAGCAUACUUCCAAAGUUGAGGCAAAAUUACUUAAUGACAACAAAGUCAAGGUAUUGGAGCUGCCAUCACAAAGCCCUGACCUCAAUCCCAUAGAAAAUUUGUGGGAAGAACUGAAAAAGCGUGUGCGAGCAAGGAGGCCUACAAACCUGACUCAGUUACACCAGCUCUGUCAGGAGGAAUGGGCCAAAAUUCACCCAACUUAUUGUGGGAAGCUUGUGGAAGGCUACCCAAAACCUUUGACCCAAGUUAAACAAUUUAAAGGCAAUGCUACCAAAUACCAAUUGAGUGCAUGUAAACUUCUGACCCACUGGGAAUGUGAUGAAAGAAAUAAAAGCUGAAAUAAAUCAUUCUCUCUGCUAUUUUUCUGACAUUUUACAUUCUUAAAAUAAAGUGGUGAUCCUAACUGACCUAAGACAGGGACAUUUUAUUUGGAUUAAAUGUCAGGAAUUGUGAUAAACUGAGUUUAAAUGUAUUUGGCUAAGGUGUAUGUAAACUUCCCACUUCAACUGUAUAUAAUAAUCUUACUAUAAUGAUGUUUGUACCUAUGCAAAACAGUGACGUAGAGGAGCGACAGCUGUCUGUCCUGUGUUCCUAUGGGGGUCAGAUCAGAUCCAGAGAGGGCAGGACAGAAGAGAACAGCUUCCUAUGGGGGUCAGAUCAGAUCCAGAGAGGGCAGGACAGAAGAGAACAGCUUCCUAUGGGGGUCAGAUCAGAUCCAGAGAGGGCAGGACAGAAGAGAACAGCUUCCUAUGAGGGUCAGAUCAGAUCCAGAGAGGGCAGGACAGAAGAGAACAGCUUCCUAUGGGGUCAGAUCAGAUCCAGAGAGGGCAGGACAGAAGAGAACAGCUUCCUAUGGGGUCAGAUCAGAUCCAGAGAGGGCAGGACAGAAGAGAACAGCUUCCUAUGGGGGUCAGAUCAGAUCCAGAGAGGGCAGGACAGAAGAGAACAGCUUCCUAUGGGGGUCAGAUCAGAUCCAGAGAGGGCAGGACAGAAGAGAACAGCUUCCUAUGGGGUCAGAUCAGAUCCAGAGAGGGCAGGACAGAAGAGAACAGCUACUGGCCCAAAGCUGAAGCUUUUCCUGUCUAUAGAAGCUGCUCCUCUCUCUAUGUUCAUUGUUGGAGCACCAGCUACCACACACACACACACACACACACACACACACACACACACACACACACACACACACACACACAGCGGAAUGUGGAGCUUUUAUAUUCUAGAAUGUUUUUCCUAAUGUGCCUUAAAAUAUUGGUAUUUGGAAAGUAUUUACGUAGCUUUUAAUGAGAAAAGACAGAUUUUCCCCCUUUAGUUAGUCAGGGAGUAGGACUGUAUUGAAUCAAUGACAUGUUCGUGUUAUAUUAGAGGUAUGUUCUCCUGAGCUGUUCACAUUGUUAUUGUCAGGAAUGUACUACAGCUACAAUGAUAAUUAGGACUUUUAUAAAAACUAGACAUAACGACAUGAAGGUAACCUUUUCUUUAUCUAUACAACCUAUUUUCUUCUUCUUUUGUAGAUAUAUUUCUCUUUCUAAUUUGUUCGUACAACGAAAGAGAAAUGUUACAGCGUAAACUAUUAGAUAUACAUUAUAAUACUUUCUAUCCUAAAAAAAACGUAGUUUUUACCAUUUUAUUUCCAUAGCUGUGAUUGUAUUAUUAACUUUGUGAGAUUGACUGUUUUACAAUGUUGGGAACUUUUUAUACUUGAACUGUUUCAUACCAAGGAAUAUGUUAACACGUAUGUUAUAUAUAAUAUAUGCAAUAUGUUAACACAUGUUAUAUAUAAUAUAUGGAAUAUGUUAACACAUGUUAUAUAUAAUAUAUGGAAUAUGUUAACACAUGUUAUAUAUAAU